UCCAGGCCGGCCAGGAGGGCGUGAAGCUGCCCGAGGGAGAGCUGGCCGCACCGGCUGCUGCUGGAGCCGGCCUGAAGGGCCACCUGCCCAAGGUGCAGAUGCCCAGCCUCAAGAUGCCCAAGGUGGACCUCAAGGGGCCCCAGGUGGACCUCAAGGCCCCCAAAGUGGACGUGAAGGGCCCCAAGGGCGAGGUGAGCGCCCCCGGCGUGGAGGUGUCCCUGCCCGGCGUGGAGGUGGACAUCCAGGCGCCCGGUGCCAAGCUGGAGGGGGACGUGGCCCUGGCCGAGAGGGACGUGGCCGCCAAAGACAGCAAGUUCAAGAUGCCCAAGUUCAAGAUGCCCUCCUUCGGCGUGUCCGCGCCUGGCAAGCCCAGCGUGGAGGCCUCUCUGGAGGUGGGGGCGCCCAAGGUGGAGGCGGACGUGGCCCUGCCCUCGGUGCAGGGCGACCUCAAGACCCCUGACGUGACCAUCCAGCUGCCGUCCGCCGACCUGGAGCUCCAGGCCGGCCAGGAGGGCGUGAAGCUGCCCGAGGGAGAGCUGGCCGCACCGGCUGCUGCUGGAGCCGGCCUGAAGGGCCACCUGCCCAAGGUGCAGAUGCCCAGCCUCAAGAUGCCCAAGGUGGACCUCAAGGGGCCCCAGGUGGACCUCAAGGCCCCCAAAGUGGACGUGAAGGGCCCCAAGGGCGAGGUGAGCGCCCCCGGCGUGGAGGUGUCCCUGCCCGGCGUGGAGGUGGACAUCCAGGCGCCCGGUGCCAAGCUGGAGGGGGACGUGGCCCUGGCCGAGAGGGACGUGGCCGCCAAAGACAGCAAGUUCAAGAUGCCCAAGUUCAAGAUGCCCUCCUUCGGCGUGUCCGCGCCUGGCAAGCCCAGCGUGGAGGCCUCUCUGGAGGUGGGGGCGCCCAAGGUGGAGGCGGACGUGGCCCUGCCCUCGGUGCAGGGCGACCUCAAGACCCCUGACGUGACCAUCCAGCUGCCGUCCGCCGACCUGGAGCUCCAGGCCGGCCAGGAGGGCGUGAAGCUGCCCGAGGGAGAGCUGGCCGCACCGGCUGCUGCUGGAGCCGGCCUGAAGGGCCACCUGCCCAAGGUGCAGAUGCCCAGCCUCAAGAUGCCCAAGGUGGACCUCAAGGGGCCCCAGGUGGACCUCAAGGCCCCCAAAGUGGACGUGAAGGGCCCCAAGGGCGAGGUGAGCGCCCCCGGCGUGGAGGUGUCCCUGCCCGGCGUGGAGGUGGACAUCCAGGCGCCCGGUGCCAAGCUGGAGGGGGACGUGGCCCUGGCCGAGAGGGACGUGGCCGCCAAAGACAGCAAGUUCAAGAUGCCCAAGUUCAAGAUGCCCUCCUUCGGCGUGUCCGCGCCUGGCAAGCCCAGCGUGGAGGCCUCUCUGGAGGUGGGGGCGCCCAAGGUGGAGGCGGACGUGGCCCUGCCCUCGGUGCAGGGCGACCUCAAGACCCCUGACGUGACCAUCCAGCUGCCGUCCGCCGACCUGGAGCUCCAGGCCGGCCAGGAGGGCGUGAAGCUGCCCGAGGGAGAGCUGGCCGCACCGGCUGCUGCUGGAGCCGGCCUGAAGGGCCACCUGCCCAAGGUGCAGAUGCCCAGCCUCAAGAUGCCCAAGGUGGACCUCAAGGGGCCCCAGGUGGACCUCAAGGCCCCCAAAGUGGACGUGAAGGGCCCCAAGGGCGAGGUGAGCGCCCCCGGCGUGGAGGUGUCCCUGCCCGGCGUGGAGGUGGACAUCCAGGCGCCCGGUGCCAAGCUGGAGGGGGACGUGGCCCUGGCCGAGAGGGACGUGGCCGCCAAAGACAGCAAGUUCAAGAUGCCCAAGUUCAAGAUGCCCUCCUUCGGCGUGUCCGCGCCUGGCAAGCCCAGCGUGGAGGCCUCUCUGGAGGUGGGGGCGCCCAAGGUGGAGGCGGACGUGGCCCUGCCCUCGGUGCAGGGCGACCUCAAGACCCCUGACGUGACCAUCCAGCUGCCGUCCGCCGACCUGGAGCUCCAGGCCGGCCAGGAGGGCGUGAAGCUGCCCGAGGGAGAGCUGGCCGCACCGGCUGCUGCUGGAGCCGGCCUGAAGGGCCACCUGCCCAAGGUGCAGAUGCCCAGCCUCAAGAUGCCCAAGGUGGACCUCAAGGGGCCCCAGGUGGACCUCAAGGCCCCCAAAGUGGACGUGAAGGGCCCCAAGGGCGAGGUGAGCGCCCCCGGCGUGGAGGUGUCCCUGCCCGGCGUGGAGGUGGACAUCCAGGCGCCCGGUGCCAAGCUGGAGGGGGACGUGGCCCUGGCCGAGAGGGACGUGGCCGCCAAAGACAGCAAGUUCAAGAUGCCCAAGUUCAAGAUGCCCUCCUUCGGCGUGUCCGCGCCUGGCAAGCCCAGCGUGGAGGCCUCUCUGGAGGUGGGGGCGCCCAAGGUGGAGGCGGACGUGGCCCUGCCCUCGGUGCAGGGCGACCUCAAGACCCCUGACGUGACCAUCCAGCUGCCGUCCGCCGACCUGGAGCUCCAGGCCGGCCAGGAGGGCGUGAAGCUGCCCGAGGGAGAGCUGCUGCCCGAGGGAGAGCUGGCCGCACCGGCUGCUGCUGGAGCCGGCCUGAAGGGCCACCUGCCCAAGGUGCAGAUGCCCAGCCUCAAGAUGCCCAAGGUGGACCUCAAGGGGCCCCAGGUGGACCUCAAGGCCCCCAAAGUGGACGUGAAGGGCCCCAAGGGCGAGGUGAGCGCCCCCGGCGUGGAGGUGUCCCUGCCCGGCGUGGAGGUGGACAUCCAGGCGCCCGGUGCCAAGCUGGAGGGGGACGUGGCCCUGGCCGAGAGGGACGUGGCCGCCAAAGACAGCAAGUUCAAGAUGCCCAAGUUCAAGAUGCCCUCCUUCGGCGUGUCCGCGCCUGGCAAGCCCAGCGUGGAGGCCUCUCUGGAGGUGGGGGCGCCCAAGGUGGAGGCGGACGUGGCCCUGCCCUCGGUGCAGGGCGACCUCAAGACCCCUGACGUGACCAUCCAGCUGCCGUCCGCCGACCUGGAGCUCCAGGCCGGCCAGGAGGGCGUGAAGCUGCCCGAGGGAGAGCUGGCCGCACCGGCUGCUGCUGGAGCCGGCCUGAAGGGCCACCUGCCCAAGGUGCAGAUGCCCAGCCUCAAGAUGCCCAAGGUGGACCUCAAGGGGCCCCAGGUGGACCUCAAGGCCCCCAAAGUGGACGUGAAGGGCCCCAAGGGCGAGGUGAGCGCCCCCGGCGUGGAGGUGUCCCUGCCCGGCGUGGAGGUGGACAUCCAGGCGCCCGGUGCCAAGCUGGAGGGGGACGUGGCCCUGGCCGAGAGGGACGUGGCCGCCAAAGACAGCAAGUUCAAGAUGCCCAAGUUCAAGAUGCCCUCCUUCGGCGUGUCCGCGCCUGGCAAGCCCAGCGUGGAGGCCUCUCUGGAGGUGGGGGCGCCCAAGGUGGAGGCGGACGUGGCCCUGCCCUCGGUGCAGGGCGACCUCAAGACCCCUGACGUGACCAUCCAGCUGCCGUCCGCCGACCUGGAGCUCCAGGCCGGCCAGGAGGGCGUGAAGCUGCCCGAGGGAGAGCUGGAGGGCGUGAAGCUGCCCGAGGGAGAGCUGGCCGCACCGGCUGCUGCUGGAGCCGGCCUGAAGGGCCACCUGCCCAAGGUGCAGAUGCCCAGCCUCAAGAUGCCCAAGGUGGACCUCAAGGGGCCCCAGGUGGACCUCAAGGCCCCCAAAGUGGACGUGAAGGGCCCCAAGGGCGAGGUGAGCGCCCCCGGCGUGGAGGUGUCCCUGCCCGGCGUGGAGGUGGACAUCCAGGCGCCCGGUGCCAAGCUGGAGGGGGACGUGGCCCUGGCCGAGAGGGACGUGGCCGCCAAAGACAGCAAGUUCAAGAUGCCCAAGUUCAAGAUGCCCUCCUUCGGCGUGUCCGCGCCUGGCAAGCCCAGCGUGGAGGCCUCUCUGGAGGUGGGGGCGCCCAAGGUGGAGGCGGACGUGGCCCUGCCCUCAGUGCAGGGCGACCUCAAGACCCCUGACGUGACCAUCCAGCUGCCGUCCGCCGACCUGGAGCUCCAGGCCGGCCAGGAGGGCGUGAAGCUGCCCGAGGGAGAGCUGGCCGCACCGGCUGCUGCUGGAGCCGGCCUGAAGGGCCACCUGCCCAAGGUGCAGAUGCCCAGCCUCAAGAUGCCCAAGGUGGACCUCAAGGGGCCCCAGGUGGACCUCAAGGCCCCCAAAGUGGACGUGAAGGGCCCCAAGGGCGAGGUGAGCGCCCCCGGCGUGGAGGUGUCCCUGCCCGGCGUGGAGGUGGACAUCCAGGCGCCCAGUGCCAAGCUGGAGGGGGACGUGGCCCUGGCCGAGAGGGACGUGGCCGCCAAAGACAGCAAGUUCAAGAUGCCCAAGUUCAAGAUGCCCUCCUUCGGCGUGUCCGCGCCUGGCAAGCCCAGCGUGGAGGCCUCUCUGGAGGUGGGGGCGCCCAAGGUGGAGGCCGACGUGGCCCUGACCCCGGUGCAGGGCGACCUCAAGACCCCUGACGUGACCAUCCAGCUGCCGUCCGCCGACCUGGAGCUCCAGGCCGGCCAGGAGGGCGUGAAGCUGCCCGAGGGAGAGCUGGCCGCACCGGCUGCUGCUGGAGCCGGCCUGAAGGGCCACCUGCCCAAGGUGCAGAUGCCCAGCCUCAAGAUGCCCAAGGUGGACCUCAAGGGGCCCCAGGUGGACCUCAAGGCCCCCAAAGUGGACGUGAAGGGCCCCAAGGGCGAGGUGAGCGCCCCCGGCGUGGAGGUGUCCCUGCCCGGCGUGGAGGUGGACAUCCAGGCGCCCGGUGCCAAGCUGGAGGGGGACGUGGCCCUGGCCGAGAGGGACGUGGCCGCCAAAGACAGCAAGUUCAAGAUGCCCAAGUUCAAGAUGCCCUCCUUCGGCGUGUCCGCGCCUGGCAAGCCCAGCGUGGAGGCCUCUCUGGAGGUGGGGGCGCCCAAGGUGGAGGCGGACGUGGCCCUGCCCUCGGUGCAGGGCGACCUCAAGACCCCUGACGUGACCAUCCAGCUGCCGUCCGCCGACCUGGAGCUCCAGGCCGGCCAGGAGGGCGUGAAGCUGCCCGAGGGAGAGCUGGCCGCACCGGCUGCUGCUGGAGCCGGCCUGAAGGGCCACCUGCCCAAGGUGCAGAUGCCCAGCCUCAAGAUGCCCAAGGUGGACCUCAAGGGGCCCCAGGUGGACCUCAAGGCCCCCAAAGUGGACGUGAAGGGCCCCAAGGGCGAGGUGAGCGCCCCCGGCGUGGAGGUGUCCCUGCCCGGCGUGGAGGUGGACAUCCAGGCGCCCGGUGCCAAGCUGGAGGGGGACGUGGCCCUGGCCGAGAGGGACGUGGCCGCCAAAGACAGCAAGUUCAAGAUGCCCAAGUUCAAGAUGCCCUCCUUCGGCGUGUCCGCGCCUGGCAAGCCCAGCGUGGAGGCCUCUCUGGAGGUGGGGGCGCCCAAGGUGGAGGCGGACGUGGCCCUGCCCUCGGUGCAGGGCGACCUCAAGACCCCUGACGUGACCAUCCAGCUGCCGUCCGCCGACCUGGAGCUCCAGGCCGGCCAGGAGGGCGUGAAGCUGCCCGAGGGAGAGCUGGCCGCACCGGCUGCUGCUGGAGCCGGCCUGAAGGGCCACCUGCCCAAGGUGCAGAUGCCCAGCCUCAAGAUGCCCAAGGUGGACCUCAAGGGGCCCCAGGUGGACCUCAAGGCCCCCAAAGUGGACGUGAAGGGCCCCAAGGGCGAGGUGAGCGCCCCCGGCGUGGAGGUGUCCCUGCCCGGCGUGGAGGUGGACAUCCAGGCGCCCGGUGCCAAGCUGGAGGGGGACGUGGCCCUGGCCGAGAGGGACGUGGCCGCCAAAGACAGCAAGUUCAAGAUGCCCAAGUUCAAGAUGCCCUCCUUCGGCGUGUCCGCGCCUGGCAAGCCCAGCGUGGAGGCCUCUCUGGAGGUGGGGGCGCCCAAGGUGGAGGCGGACGUGGCCCUGCCCUCGGUGCAGGGCGACCUCAAGACCCCUGACGUGACCAUCCAGCUGCCGUCCGCCGACCUGGAGCUCCAGGCCGGCCCGGAGGGCGUGAAGCUGCCCGAGGGAGAGCUGGCCGCACCGGCUGCUGCUGGAGCCGGCCUGAAGGGCCACCUGCCCAAGGUGCAGAUGCCCAGCCUCAAGAUGCCCAAGGUGGACCUCAAGGGGCCCCAGGUGGACCUCAAGGCCCCCAAAGUGGACGUGAAGGGCCCCAAGGGCGAGGUGAGCGCCCCCGGCGUGGAGGUGUCCCUGCCCGGCGUGGAGGUGGACAUCCAGGCGCCCGGUGCCAAGCUGGAGGGGGACGUGGCCCUGGCCGAGAGGGACGUGGCCGCCAAAGACAGCAAGUUCAAGAUGCCCAAGUUCAAGAUGCCCUCCUUCGGCGUGUCCGCGCCUGGCAAGCCCAGCGUGGAGGCCUCUCUGGAGGUGGGGGCGCCCAAGGUGGAGGCGGACGUGGCCCUGCCCUCGGUGCAGGGCGACCUCAAGACCCCUGACGUGACCAUCCAGCUGCCGUCCGCCGACCUGGAGCUCCAGGCCGGCCAGGAGGGCGUGAAGCUGCCCGAGGGAGAGCUGGCCGCACCGGCUGCUGCUGGAGCCGGCCUGAAGGGCCACCUGCCCAAGGUGCAGAUGCCCAGCCUCAAGAUGCCCAAGGUGGACCUCAAGGCCCCCAAUGUUGACAUCAAGUGCCCUUCAGGUUCUUUCAGUAUUUCCCAUCAUGAAGCUGUUCUUCCGUUCGCUGAUGAAGAAGUUAGUCCUACAACAGGCAGAGAUACCAAGUCACUUGGUGGUUUUCCUAAUGCUGGUCUUUUACAUUCCUCUGAGACGUCUGAAUCUUUGUUUUCUCAUGUUCUUUCUUCCUUGAGUAAGGUUGAACCUCCAGGUGGAUCUUUUGAUCCUCCACUCCCUCAUGUUACUCCUCAAAUUUUUUUCCCCAAAUUCCACAAGCCAAAAUUUGCUGUAUCUGUUUCACUGCCAGAGUCUGAAUAUGAUCCCUCUGUGUCUGCGACUGUUGUCCAUUCCUGUGAAUCCUCUCAGUCACUCUCAGCUUCAGUCGGCCCUCAGGUCUUGUCUUCUGAUGUUCCUGUUUCCAGCAGUUUGGAUGUUUCCGCCAGUCGGUCUUUAAUUAGUCCACCACCUGAAGCACCUAAUGAAGAGUCUAAAGACACUUCCUUCAAAUUACCCAGCAUCAAGUUACCUUCAUUUCAUUGGUCUCCAAAGAAGGCAGCAGGGCGUAUAGGUGAUUCUCAGUCACAUGAGGCCCCCAUGCCUAGUCUAGGUUUGUCUUCAAUGGAAAUGGAUUCUGAAAUUCAAAGUAGUGUUUCCAUAGUGGAAUCCCCCCAGCAUGCCCCUCUGGACAAGGAAGUGGAGAAGGGAAAAAGCCGGAAGCUCAGCUUUUCCAUGCCACGCCUGGCACUACCCAAGAUAAAGGUUUCUAAGGGGUCAGCUGCUGUGCCACAGGGAGACCUGAGGCCUUCACUCACUGGUACCACAUCUGGAGGCGAUUUGGUAGUCAUAGAAACAGCUGUCAGUGAUGCCCAUGUUGGGGACACUCAUUCAAUAGAUGUUACCACAGAACUCCAUGUCAGCUCCUCCUCCCCCACAGCAGAGUUGGCUAGAUCUACAACUGAACUUCCUCUUCCCAAAGAUGACCUGAAUGUCAGAGAUGACAGCAAAAGUCUCAUGAAUGUCUCUGAAAGUCAGCCCCUUGUGGAGCUGACAACACCCAGAACUGAAGGCCUUCUGCAGCCGUCCAGUAGACAGAGAGAUAAUGCCCCCACCAUGGAAACCCCUGAGAUGGAUUCCACAGCAAAAGAGACGUCAACAGACCCGAAUGAGCGCCGGUUCAAAAUGCCCAAGUUUCGAGUUCCAGGUUUCAAACGCUCCUCAUCCAAGGAGCGAGACCGGGCUGGAGAACAGGGAACUCCUCAAAAGUCACAGACUCUGGUCGUCAGCAUACCUUCGGAGGCAGAAGAAAAAGCUGCAGCUUGUGUGCAGCUGUCCCAUGUGCCUGAGUCUAAGGUAGAGGCACAUAUCUCCCUGGGGCCCCCAGAGGAAGGGACCAGUAUGAGGCCCCUAGAAAGUCCAACGUACGCAGAUGUUGUAAAACGUGAUCUCCAUGGAGCAAGCUCUGGGAUGUUUAGCUCCACUGUUGAGCCUUCUCAGGCACAUCUGCCCACCCCUGAGUUUGGGACCCAUCCAUCUAAAGGCUUUGUCUCCCCUGAGGUCCCUGGUGUGAGAGUCUCAGAACCCCAGCUUCCUCCAGAAGGAACAGGCAAACAGCAGCACCCUGGACCAGGAGAAAAUAUUCUUGCUGAGAUGGAGGCUAGAACAGGAAGCUUGCCUUCCCAGCCACAAGGGCCUCUGAGGCUGAAGGCCUCCAUCACUGAUGUGCCAUCACAGGUCUCUGUGGUGAGCAGGAGUCAGCUCUGGGAGGAUUCUGUAUUGACUGUCACAUUCCCCAGACUGAAGGUACCCAAGUUCUCCUUCCCUUCUCCCAGCUCUGAGACUGAUGUGUUCUUCCCUGUGGUGAGAGGGAUAGAGGCCAGCAUUGGUAGUCCCAUACCCAAGGGUACCCCUGGGCUCUGGGAAGCCAGCAUUCUAAAGACAGACGUCGAGGACACCAGAAUGCCACCAGCAAGCCUUGAGCAAUCUUUGGAAGCAUCUCCAAUUUCUAAGGUCAGAGUGCACAUUCAGGGGUCUCGAGGUGAGAGUCAAGAAGUGGCUAUUUCCAGCAGAGUCGAAAGGGCAAGUACAGACCCCUCAGCACCCGGAGCUUUUUGUACUCAGAUUGUGCGGGAAUCGGAGAUCCCUGCUUCUACAAUCCAGAUUCCUUCUUAUGGAUUUUCUUUGCUGAAAGUGAAAAUUCCGGAGCCCCCUGUGCAGACCUGUGUGUAUACAGUGGCUCCUGACUCCCAGAAGCAGGAGGACGUGGGUGGAGCUCCCAUGCCAGCUGCUGCAGGAGGACACUCCAUCCCUGCCGAGGUCCCACCUGACACUAGUGAAGCAUUUGAGAUCAUCUCUUCCAGUGUUGGCAUGGCUCCCGGGCCCCAGCUUGCAGACAGCACCUCUGAUGAAGAGCCAGCAGAGAUUCUUGAGUUUCCUGAGGACAGCCAGGAGGUUAAGGCCCCUGACAUGGAUACAAAACAGAAACCAGAAGGUAAAAAGGCCAGCCUGUUGUGGUCCUGGCUUCCAAGUAUUGGGUUCUCCUCUGUGGAAGAGACAGCUGCUGAUUCCAAAGACACUACCCAAAGGUCUCCUGUCCAUGUGCAGCCUACCGCUCGCCUGGACCCUGAACUACCCAGAAAACAGGAGAAGGCAGGCUGGUUCCGGUUUCCCAAGUUAGGAUUCUCCUCUUCACCUACCAAGAAGCCCAGGAGCACUGAAGAUGGGGAAGGCCAGGCAGAACACAAGCUCCAGGAGGAAACAGUCACCUUUUUUGAUGCUCGAGAGAGCUUCUCCCCAGAGGAGGAGGAAGAGGCCAAGUCAGAGGUGAUAAGUGCCAGGCCUGGUUCUGGAGCAAUGGUGGCAUCCUCUGCAGGAACAGAACUAGUACUGUUGGAACAGGCUAGAGACACUGGUGACAAAUCUAUACCCAGGCCUGUGGCCAAAUGAGGUCAGAGGUCAGAGGUCAGAGUCAGUGGGUGAGACAAACAACUAGAACCUGAAACUUAGGGCUUGGGCACUGAAAGCGCCCUACAUCCCUAGAAUGCAUGAUCUCAUAUAGAUCCACAGGUCUGAAACCAAAGCAGAAGUGAAUAGCACUUACCUGUGACACACACCGCCCUCCUAUAUGGAACCAAAAUACGCUACUUUCUUCCAAGCUUUGGAAGCAACGGAGGCUGCAAAAUUGUGUAGUUCUGGGAACUCUGCUGGCCUUCGUCGGGUAAGGCCCAAGAAGCUGCCCAACGCCAUGAGAGCAACAUUAUCUCUGAAGUACCCAUGUCUGUGUGGGUGGGAGCAGCCUUUGGGGCAACCUCUGCCUUGCUGCUGCUGUUUCCUGGUGAACUCAGCCGGCAGGGCAUGGUGUGUCCCGUUGCCUUUCUCACAUACUCGAUCCUUUCUCAACUCUUUCACUAAUGGCAAGCUUUGGGGCGUGGACACACGGGGUGUGAGGGUGUGUAUGCGCAGCAGAUAGGUCUGACCAAUGGCUGUCUGCACUCAGUGGUAACUGCGGGUUGUCCAGCAGGGUUCACACAGGGGUUUGCCAUUAGACCUUGGUGUGUGUCUGUUUGUCUGCCUGCCUGCCAGUGUGCAACUCUUUUCCCAGUUGUGUACAACUUCCAUGCACUGGCUCCUGAGCACCUUGUGUACAGAUUGCAGCCCAUACAGACAGCCCUGUUCAGUCACCUUCAAUAAAGGAAGCCCUCCCUGCAUUCAAUG